AUGGAUGAUCGCAGCAUCGGACGUACAGACCUUGUCUCUCCGAUCUCCGAGCCAAACAGCCCUGAUCCUGUCCUCGAGUCCUAUUUCCGCCAGCAGCUGGAGCAGCUAUAUGCGGACCCCUCUCAAGCAUUGGCAACAAAUGAUGGAACCGAAGUAGACCAAAUCCGUGGAGCUAGCGUUGAGCAGGUACAAACCGAAGACAGGGAGGAAUAUGAUUUUCGUUUGUUCACAAGACCACACGCGUCAGGAACGGCAUCGGUCGGGGCCAGCAAUGGUCCCCAGCGGAUUGCUAUAAGAUCACCAAGCCCUGCGGGUGGUGAAUCGGGUUUCACCAGUGUAGGGCGUCCAGACAAAUACUAUUUUGCGGGUGAUACAGGUGCAGAGCUCGCACAGCAGUACGCACGAGCUGCAGUCUCUGGCCAGGAUAUCGUUGAGGGUCUCAAGAUGAGAUGGAGAGGCAUGGAGCUGCCGUGGCGAGUCACCGUCAUCAAGACGACAGAAUCCGGCAACGUGGUGGGGCUAGAGCAUCAAUUGCAAGCACAGACCAACAGGAGGAAGCGAAGUGGGAAGAAAAGGCGGGUUGUGAUCCGGAAACGGGUUGAGGCAAGAGCUGCCAAAGAGGUGGUAGCUAGACAAUACCGGGCGGAGAAAGAGGCUGCUGAGCGAGAGAAGCGAACACAGAAGAAUAGAGAGAAGAAAAUUAAGAAGAGGCAGAAAGACAGGCUGAAGAAGGUGACCGAUGUGCAGGAUUCUGCCUGA